AUGUCCCAGCAGGCGUCGUCGACGACGGUGGCCCCCCGGCCCCCGGAGACCAACGCUGGCAUCACCACGUCCUGGCUGCCCAUGUCCACGGCAUGGGAAUCAGGAUACCCAUCCGACUGGUACAUGUGGAAUCCCACACAAACAAACCUGGUCGCUUGGGAUCCCGAUCUUGGGCCGCUCUGCCAGCCUCCGCAGGUCGUGAGCUGGUGGAAGAGUACCUCGGAGGUCGGCAAACGGCUCAGCAUCGGGCCUGUCGUCUGUCCAGAGGCAUACUCGACCGCGGCCUCGAGCGUGAACCAGCUCGGCAAUACGUUUGUGGCCUGUUGUCCCAGGUUCGUGAGCCCGGUGGGAGCCCGUGUGGUAGGGGAGUGCGUCUCGACCCUCGACGAAGGUCAGGUCGUGACGUUGGUGACCCCCAUCGAGCAGGGAUGGAUAGGGACGACAUUAACAGUCCUGUCACCAUCACUGGCUUUUGCCGUCCACGUGAAUGGCUGGCUCUUCCCGCCGUCGACAUCCACACGGACGAUAGCCACGACGAUUUUCCAGACGGCUUUCCAGAUGACUUCCCAGGUCACACCCCAGACACCAUCUACUAACCACACAGACCUAUCCCCCUCACCUCCCGUGACAACCCCAACCUCCUCCGUCCCAUCACAGCCCCCCUCAGGCCUCUCCAAAGCCGCCAAGGUCGGCAUCGGAGUCGGUCUGCCCCUCGGCGCCGUCGCCAUCGGCGCCUUGGUCCUCGUCCUCAUCCUGUACCGUCGCAUGCGGGCGGCCACCGGGAAGCCCUUGGCGGCGCCUCUGGGCGAUGACGUACAGGGCGGCGGAAUCCAGCCUAAUCUCGAUGACUGCCCGGUUGAGAAGUUUGAAUUGCCUGGUGGGGAAGGCGCUGGCGGGGUGGAGAGGGCCGAGUUGGCUGUGUCUGAGAGGGUGGCUGAGUUGCCUGGUCAUGAUGAAGAUUAG